AUGGAGAGGCCCAGAAAAGUUGGGGCCAAGUACAGGAACCAACUUCUAAUACCCUCACCUGACAAAAUCAGGAAAAAUGUUGAAGAGGGAUAUGCUGCCAAGAGAGACCACUGGAAAGAUUUCGACUCUACUCGUAUGAACAAUCAAGUAGUUGAAACUUAUGAAGCGCAAGAGAAGGCCAGGCUCAGUUUUUUGGGCAGAAGGCUACUUGCAGCUGACAACGAGGAUUUUGACAGUCACUUUGAGCAAACUCCCCAGCGACAUGUCCCACCAGCAAGCUUUCGCAACAGGAGGACACUGCCAAGUACCUUCUCAACGUUGACCCAGACUCGGAUCCUAAUGACAAUUUUCACCCUGAGGUUAAAAAGGACCAUUUUGGCUAAGAGUUACAAAGUCUUUAGUGAGAAUCUGAAGAAGGAGGUGGAAAGAUAUUGGAAGAUUGACGAGAUCGACCAUGUCAGAGAUAAGGAAAUCAAGAAGGAUCUAGAAAAUUGA